ACGUUAUAAACCAAAUUCGUCGUCGUCGAGAAAUCGUUCUUCGAACUCGGAUAUCGAUUUUUUACCUCCGCCGUCUCCACAAAUUCCUCCUAAUCAAAAUCCCAAUCGUCUAUCCAAACAACAACAACAACAACAACAACAACAACAGCAGCAACAACAACAAGCUCAUUUUGAACAAAAUAUGAUGAUGAAUGAUCCAAUGUGUGGCCCUGGUGGCAUGAUGAUUCGAGGUCCUUCACAUCAUGAAUUUCCUCCUCAUAUGCAUCCACAACAUCGCAUGAUGAUGAUGCCAAAUAAUCGUUUUAAUAAUCCGAAUUUUGUCAUGCAUUCCGGCCCAGGACGACCAGUGCAUUGUCAUCCUCAUCCUUCAUUUGGGCCAAACGGUGGCCCUCCAAUGAUGAACGAUUUGAUGUUUGAAAACGGUCAACCACCGCCACAUUUUCAUACAAUGACGCCACAGCAACAUUCUAGUCAACUUUUAUAUAAUCAAAAUCCGUUUCCUGAUUCAUCACCACAUCCAAUGUUCGAUAAUCAACAUUCAUUUAUUUCGAAUGGACCAAAUAAACCUGACCGAGAACAAUGUGGUGGCCCACCGAUGAAUUUUGUGGAUAAUGGACAAUUUCCUGGUGCAGGAGGACAAACAUUCGAUCUAUUAUGA